AUGAGGCGAGUUCAUCACAUUCCAAGACCUGCCACCAAAGAGGCGGAGCGGAAAUGGCUCUUGGAACAAAUGGCCGGCGCAUUUCGCAUCUUCGCGAAGUUAGGAUACGCGGACGGAGGAAGUGGGCAUAUUAGCCUGAGAGACCCCGUCGAGCCCACUACAUUCUGGAUCAAUCCUUAUGGAGAACACUUUGCCCUGCUCCGAGUCUCGGAUAUGGUCCGCGUUGACGAGCGUGGAAAUCGAGUGGGGGGAGCCAAUAAACAGAUCAACACUGCAGGAUUCAUUAUUCACUCGAUUAUCCAUCAACGGCGGCCAGACCUCCAUGCGGCAUGCCAUAUGCACAGCCCAUAUGGCCGGGCAUGGAGUACUUUUGGUAAGGGAAUUGACAUGCUGAACCAAGACUCCUGUAUGUUUUACAACGAUCUCUCGGUCUACUCAGGCUUUGGCGGCGUGGUCCUGUCUCACGAGGAAGGACACCAGAUUGCCAACGCUUUGGGACCUACGAAUAAGAAUAUCAUUUUACAGAACCAUGGGCUAUUGACUGCAGGUGGCACCGUUGCCGAAGCAGCUGGAUUCUUUAUCGCACUUGAGCGAGCAUGUCAAUCACAGCUUCUAGUGGAGUCUGCGAUUGCCCAGACUACCAUAGCCGGUGGGAAUGGCGGACUCACCAAGAGGGUUGUUGAUGAGAGAGCGGCUGCACAUACGAAAAAUGGCACAGGGACGCCCGAGGUAAUGUAUAUGCAAUUCAAACCGGAAUAUGACCUGAUUCUGAAGGAGACUGGUGGUGAUUUUCUGGUUUGA